GGGCCACCUCACUCUAUUCCCCCUACGCUCUCUUCUGCCCAUGGUGUUAAGGCCUUCACUCUGUACGAGAGCCGCCCUAGGUCUCUUCCACCCGAAACCAAGGACGAUGCCUCUCCGCGCAAAGAUCUUGAGCUCUGGCUUCUCUCCCCAAAAGGUACCGUGAGACAAAGUGGAAUCAACGAGAAUUCACGUUCCCCGGCGUGUCUCUAAUUCGGUGUUUUCAGAUGUCUGCCUCCUCUCUGGUGAUCAAGGAACAGGAAGGGGACGCGCCCAACGACGUUAUUUUCCGCUCGACAUAUGGGGUUCGCACGAUCGAACUUAACCGACCCGAGGUUUUGAACGCCCUGGAUGGCUCAAUGGCACGAAAGAUGGUUCCCCGGCUACGAGUAUGACACUCUCUCCCAAUUCAAACCCGCGUCGGCGCCCGGAGCUGACGGUUGAUGGCAGGAAUGGGAAAAAUCACAAAUGGCAAACAUAAUAAUCCUCAAGGGUGUCGGCAGGACCCUAUGCGCCGGGGGAGAUGUAGUAGCACUUGCGAGGCUCAUCAAGGAGGAGGGGCCGGCGGGCGUUCAGAAAGCAGUAGAGUAUUUCGAAUUGGAAUACAGGCUCGACCACCUCAUUGCUACCUAUCCUAAGCCGUAUGUUGCGUUCAUGGACGGGAUCACAAUGGGUGGAGGAGUUGGAUUGAGCGUUCAUGCCCCGUUCCGAAUCGCCACGGAGAAUACACUACUUGCCAUGCCGGAGACAAAGAUUGGCUUCUUCCCUGACGUCGGAGGCUCGUUCUUCUUGCCAAGACUUGACGGGGAGAUCGGGACAUAUCUUGCUUUGACGGGCAAGGGAUUGAAGGGUGUUCAGGCUUUGUACGUCUUUUUUCACAGUUCUGGAUUUUGCAUUCCGUUUGGCCUUCAACCCCGAUUUCCAUCAUGUGCCGGUAGCGGGGGGGAAUCACAUUGACAGUGGCGUAGUUACUCCGGUCUCGCGACUCAUUACAUCCACUCCACCAGUCUACCGGACCUGGAGGCGAGACUAGCGGAGCUUGUAUUUGGCGACUAUCAACCUCUCGAAGAGCGCUGGGAGAUUGUCGACAGCACAAUUGAAGAGUUUGUCACUGGUUUGCCGGAAAAUACACCCAUUGAACUCUCUGGUGAAACCCGGAAAGCAAUCGACCGGUAAGGAUCAUUUGAAAAGAAAAAAAAACGCCACCCUCUCCCUCCCCGUAUCGAUAUGUUGCAACCCAAUGGAACUAACCUCCGGUUCCACCACCACCCCCCACAGAUGCUUCAAGUUCAACACGAUAGAGAAGAUCCUCGAAGCACUGACUCGAGAAGACUCCGAUUGGGCGGGCGAGACGCUCGAGACAAUCAAGUCCCACUCCCCAACCUCGGUCCGCGUCACGCUCCGCCAAUUACGCGCGGGCAAGGAAUGGGCCAUCUCGGAGACCUUUCAACGAGAGCUGCACAUGGCAGCGAAAUUCGUGGAGAGGAAGGACUUUUUGGAGGGCGUUCAUGCACUGCUCAUCUUAAAGACGUCGGGCCCCGAAUGGGAUCCCCCAACCCUGGAAUCCUCCGACGAGAGCGUCACGGACCCUUACUUCACCGUUCGGGACGGGGAUAGGCCUCGCUUGCAGCUCCUCCGCGAUGAAUCCGACGCCGGUUUCACCGAUUACAAGCAGUACCCCCACGCAAAAAUUGGCCUACCGUCUGAGGCGGAGGUACGCCAGUUGAUUCGGGAGCGGAAGAUGCUCCCGGAUGAUAUCAUUCCGUACCUCAUCGAGGACCGGAACGGCAAGAUCGGCCUCGUGGAGAAGGUCAGGGAUAUACUGGACAGGAAGGUUGGCACCGGUGUCGAUCGGGCGGUUUGGAAGGAAGAAGUGGCGGGGCAGGAUUAGGAAUUGUUUCCACUCGUUGUAAGUAGACAAACAGCCUCGCGUACCGUAGGCCGUUGGCAUGGACACAAUCCUGUGGAUAUCGUGUCGUGCAAGUUACUAGGUUGCGCUCGUACAGUACCUCUACCUAUGAUUUAACACCGGUAUCGUGCAUACCACGCGAGUGUCCACCAAAAACCCGGGAGAUAGACUAUAUCCCGGAUAGAACCGUAGUAAAGCAGAUGGCACCAUCAGAUCUAUAGAUUACAGUACGAGUGCGAGCAACCCAGCGACCGAUCCGAUUCCUACCCAUCAAGCGCCCCCAAUCUUUACGAACGAGAUUACCGAUACCGUAUCACAGUCUAGACAGGACACCCACGAGU